ACUCUUUACAUCUCCGCACGCUCGCGGUUCAGUUCAGUUUAUUUUCGGUGUGUCGUGUGAUAUACGCGCUCAAUUACGUAAAUGUUGAGAUUUUCCGUCGGACGAACGAAAACUUUAACCAAUUGAAAGAAAAACGUUUUGAAAUUGAAACUUAAUCGAAUCACAAUUCCGAAUGUAAAAUAAAUUCAUUUGGCCAUGCAGAAUGUGAUCUGGGAUGAAAUCCAUUUAGAAGAGUUUACGUGAUUCCGGUAUCUUUGAAAGAUCUUUCUGUAAUAAAUGUUCGGUGUAGUUGCGACAAUUCUUCAAUGAAAACUAUGAAACGUAAAGUGUGACAAUAUAUUAUACGUCAUAAAAUGGAAUUAUAGUGAAACAUAGUAAUAAAAUUUGCAAAUUAUGUGAGAACCAAAUGUUUUGUACAUUGUGAGCUUAUUAAAGUAGUUGCUAACAAUCAUACCACCAGCAAUACCAACAACAUAAAAUAUAGAACAUCAAGUUCUUAAAUAGAAUAGGAUCGAAUUUGAUUGUGUGGUUUGCUGUUAGCACUCAAAAGUAAGAAAAAAUGGAUCGACAAAGAUCGUUCAAGAGGCGACAUAAUAUGCCCAAACCACCGUUAGCUGAACGAGCCAAAGAAUCGUGUAGACAAUUUACGGCAUUUCUUUUUAGCAAUGUGGGCAUUAUUAUUCUCGUCGUUUUGUAUAUGACCAGCGGUGCAUCGAUGUUUAAGGCAAUCGAAGGUGAAUACUAUUUGAAGCGUACCAAAGACCAAAACUAUAAUAUGAAAAUAAUUCGGGAUGAUAUAAGCACUCAGUUAUGGAAUAUAACACUUCAGCUGAACAACUUCAAUCGAUCGACAUAUAUAAACGAAGUAGAUAUUCGAAUACGAGAGUAUCAGCAGAAAAUUGUUCUGGCAUUUAAUGAUGGAUGGAUUGGUUCAAAUAGCACCAGUUCAAAUACAUGGACGUUCCCCAAUGCACUUCUCUAUUCACUUACAGUAAUCACCACCAUCGGGUACGGCAAUAUAACACCACGCACAGCCCUCGGAAAAUCGAUAACAAUCUUCUAUGCAAUCAUUGGAAUGCCAUUGUUUUUACUUUAUCUAUCGAAUAUCGGCGAUAUUUUGGCAAAAUCAUUCAAAUGGAUCUAUGCCAAAGUAUGCCUGUGUCGAAUUUGCCCCGGCGUUGCGAAACGACGUGAAUCCAGGAAUCGACGCAAAAUUCGUGCAUUACGACGGCAAUUAAAUGAAGAAUAUGGUGAUGAUGAAGAUUUCAUCUCGGAGGAAAGUGUUUCAGUGACGUCAGUAACAUCUUCUUCGAGUACGAAAACGCCGGAAAGCCAAAUGAAUCAAGGUGAUUCAUCAUCAUCCUCUUCAGAAAGCACUGCUGAAGAUUUAAGUACCGUUUCUGUUCCAAUCAGCGUGUGCUUGAUGAUUAUGAUCAGUUACAUUCUAUUUGGUGCGAUUAUCUUCUUGCGUUGGGAGGAUAACUGGAGAAUUUUAACAGGUUGCUAUUUUUGCUUCAUUUCGUUGAGCUCGAUCGGCUUUGGUGACAUCGUUCCCGGCGAUAAGAUAUUCAAAAUGAAGGAGGGUGUGGAUGAUGUUCGCGGCGUUGACAUCCAAUUUAUUAUUUGCGCGGUGUAUCUGUUGCUUGGUAUGGCAUUGAUUGCGAUGUGCUUUAAUUUGAUGCAAGAACAAGUCAUCAAUAACAUACGAUCAUUUAAACGAUGUAUUUCCGGAUGUUUUCGUUGUCAUCGCUGCAACGGCAACAAUGACUUUGACUAGGGACACCAAUGAAAUUGUUUUUAUUCUCAAUUUAUACUAAGAUUAAACCAAAUAUUGUUGCUGUUUUUUUUUUGUACGAUUUUAGUCUUUAUUCAAUAUGUCUUAUGUAUUUUAUUGUUAUUUUAAAUAAACGACAUUCCAAUUUCAA